ACACUGUUACGGCAGCACGACCAUUUUUUUGAGGCGAUUUCGAUUCUUCUCAUAAGAAAACACAUUUAUUUUGAGCAACUAAAUAUGUGUGUGUGUGCCGUGUGCGUGUGUGUGUGAAGAAUUAAAACAAUAGUUAAUAAAAACUGAAAACAACAACAAUUAGUGAAUGAGUUGAGCGCACAUACAAUGGACAUAAGCAUUUAAUGCGGCUAAUGAAAUGGAAAUGGACUGUUUUAAACCGCAUAUGCUCGUGCCAGAGAAAAAUCGUUCACCACCUCUAACUCAGUGUCCUGUAGUCGCUGCCAUCUCUGCCGUCGCCGUCGCCGCCACUGCUUCUGGUUGGUGCUGCGCUGCCCUCUACCUCUGCCACAGCCGCUGCUGCCACUGUCUGUGCUCUACGCACGCAUCGAUUUGGGCUAAACGUUAGAUACCUCCUAACGCAGUUGUUAGGGUGGAAAAAUAUAAGUACAUAAUAAUAAAAAGAAAUGCUGUGCAUUUUUCAAUUAAUCUAUGCCCAAACCUAUGCAAUUGACGCUACAGCAAUAAAUUCGAGUGCAAUAUUUUCAAACGAACUAACAAAUAAAAAAAACAACAACAACAAAACACAUAAAUACGCCAAUACGGGCGCAACUCAAGCAGCAAAACAAAAGGGCCAACAAAUAAAGUUGAAUAUAAUAAGAGGCAAAAAAAAAUAGAAUUUUUUUUUUAUAUAAAUCUACAUAAGGCAGCAGCAGUGCAGCAGGCAGGCGGCAAAAUUGAGGAGCAGUGUAUAAAGCGGGCAAUUAAAUAAGCAGCAGUGGCAACAUUGAGCGAACACAAACAGCUUCCACAUGAAGACCAUGUCGCGCUUUGGCCUGCGCCGUGGCUUCAAAUUUUCCGAGGAACAGCAGCAGGUCAAUGGCAACAGCAGUCCAAUUGGACCAACCGCACAAAAGCUGGCAACGCCGCCGCAACGCAAAAAGCGCAAUUGCAGCCUGCCCAGAGAGCAGCCAGAUCAGCAAUUGGAACCAAUUGAUGUCGAACUCGAGUUGGACAGGCAACAGCAGCCCCCGCUGCCUCCCUCGCUGGUGUGCAGUGUGCCGCUGGAGCGUUUGCCGCGUCUCGUUGAGAAACUGCAACAGCUGCAACAGCAACAACAACAGCAACAACAGCGCGAACUUGAGGAAUAUUCGGCAACGGCUUUUAUCAAAGUUUUAUGCUUGUACUGUGAUAAGAAGUUCGCGUCCAGCAAGCUGCAGUCCAAGCAUGUGGACAAGUUUCAUACGGAACGCAAGGAGCGACGCUGCAGCAAUCGUUCGACCAACAACAAUAACAACAACAACAACAACAACAACAGCAGCAGCGGCAGCAGCAGCAAUAACAGCCACGCCCACUUUCCGGGAUGUCAGCACUGCAACAAGUCAAAGUCGCCAGCGUUAACCUCGCCAAUCUGUCUGCCCGCCAAGCAGCUGGAGCAGCUGUUCAAUCAUCUAAUCGUUAGCCAUGCGGACAAGUAUUUUGGCUGCCAGCAAUGCCAGCUGCGCUUCAACGAUGCACCGCAGCUGCAAAGUCACAUGCGGCACUUGCAUCAGCAACAGUUGCCCCCGCAACAGCAGCAGCAACAACAGCAGCAGCAACAGGAAACAUGCUCCAUGAUGGGCGCCGAGGAGCCGGUGCUGUUUCGCCUAGGUCUCACACAGAAUCGUUUGCCCGGCCAACGGCAGCGCAAUCGCAGCGCACGUCAGCAACGCGAACAGCAACAGCAGCAGCAGCACAGCAGCAGCAAUACCUCCGCCUCGGCCACGCCCAAGCAACAGCAACAGCAGCAGGCACGCAGCAGCAGUCGCGCCGCGCAGCGUCAGGCGGCGGCAGCAGCAGCGGCGGCAGCAGCGCCUCCUUUAAGCCUCGCUGCUGCCACGACAGCAACUGUUGCCGCUGCCAGCAGCAACAGCAGCUGCAGCAGCAGCUGCACGGCAACAACAGUUGCCUGCACGCCGGAGGAUGCACACUUCCGGAUGCCCAGCCAUAGUCAUGUGUUCGAUGACAACUUUUACAAGGAUGUGGUGCACAAUGUGCGCCACAAUUUGCAGCAUUUUCUCGACGGACGACUGCGCAGCGGACCCGCGCCGCCGCAGCCGCUCAGUACAUCGCCCGCCGCUGCGUCUAGCCUGCAACAGAUGGCGCUGUGCAGCGCCUAUCCCACAUUGCUAACAGCCGAACAAUUUGGCGAUGGCCAUGGCCUGGGGCUGGGCAUGGAGACGCUGCCGCUGCCGCUGGCGGCGAAGGCAGCUCGGCGGCCGCACACGAAGCACAGCUGGAAAUGGAAAUGGGAUUAUGUGAAGAAAUUUACGAUUAUCAACGAGAACGGACGCUUGGUCAAGAAGCUGAAGCAACCGUUUAUGGGGCUGCGCGAUUUGUCGCGCCUGGACAUGUGGACGCAGCUGACCAUGCGACAGAAGCACGACCUGGAGCAGGCGCAGCAGCAACAGCAACAACAGCAGCAGCAGCAACAACAGCAACAUCAGCAGCAGCAAUUGUUGCAACAGCUGCAUUUGCUGUUGGAUCGUCGCCUGUUGCCGCACAUUAUGCUCGAGCAAAACGAGCAGGCGAUUAUCAAGGAGGAACUGCCCGAGCAGCAACAGUUGCUGUCGCAACAGCAGCAACAGUUGCUGCUGCCAGCGCAAACAGGCGCCGAACAAAGCUUCCUAAAGCUGCUUCAGCUGCAACCACGCCAGCAGCAACUGUUGCAGCCGCGCCAGCAGCAACAGUUGCAGCUGCAGCAGCAGCAGCAGCAGCAACAGCAACAACAGCAGCAACAAUUGGUGCUCAGCGGCGAAUGGGCGCGCCCACGCUUAUAUUUGUGCAUCUGCUGUGGAGCCAAGUUUGAGCAGCGCAAGGCGCUCGAGGAGCACAAAACGUUUCGACAUUCGCACAUCUAUGCGACACACUAUGAGCUGGUGGGCCGUGAGCUGCUCGCCGGCAACUUGUUGCGGCAUCUAUUUAUGCCGAAGCGUGCGCUCAGCCGUUAUGCGGCCGAGCAUCAGCAACAGUUGCUGUCGCAGCACAAGCAGGAGCGAGCCGUUGUCGAGGAUGAGUCAAUGUUGUGCAGCUCAUCGAAUUGCUCGGCGGCCUCAUCGGCCUUUGGCCUGGGCACGGUCAGCGCCUCGCCCUGCUCGACAGCAACAACAGCGACAACGACAGCAACUGGACACAGCAGCAGCAACAGCAACACGACGUCCACGUCUGUGGAGGACAACGACAACAGCAGCGAUAUUAAGGGACUGCCGCCGAAUGUCAGCGCCUGCUCGCCGGCCAGCCUCAGUUUGAGUCUCAGCUCCGGCUCUGGCUACAGCUGCAGCAGCUCGCAGCCGACGGCGGCCAGCUGCACGAAAUGUGGCCGCAAAUGCAGCGGCCUGAUGGAUCUCUAUCGGCAUAUGCUGGACUGUUCCGGUGAUUAUGUUUGGUCAUUGGCCAAAAAGCGUAAAUAUCGUUAUUAUUGCGGCUCCAAGAAGCGACGCACCGCCUGCAAUAAGCCCGCCAAGCAUUUUGCUCAGCUGCUGCGCAAGAAUGGCAAAAAGGUCAAGAAACAGGGCCAGGUGGAGUCGGUGACUGGCCUGGAUCAGUCGGGCAACAAUGAUGCGUCCGAGGAGAGCGGCUCCAAUUGCUCCAAUUCCAAUUCCAAUUCGAACAAGACUAAAACGCCGCCGCGUCAAAGACCCAGCGAUGCCGAAUCCAUACGCAAAAUGCUGGAGAAUUUGCCGGCGAAGCGAGUUUGCAAAAAGAUCUUCCCAAUGGACAACAAGAAGCGCUCCAAGAAACAGGGCAAGCCAAACAAGAAGCUGCAAUCGCGCGGCGCAAAGAAGCUAUACAAUCACCAUCAUCAUCAUCUGCAUCAUCAUCAUCAUCAUUUGCAUCAUCACGCACUGCGGAAUACGCGCUCGCGCCUCGUCCGCGGCAAGCCAUCAACAGCAGUUGCAGCAGCAACUGUUGCUGCCGAACAGCAGCAGCGACAGCAGCGCAAUCGUCGCAAGCAGCAGCAGCAGGCCAAGCUGUUGCCUGUGAGCGAUGUCCAGCUUGGAAGCAACAGCAACAGCAGCAGCAGCAGCAACACGCCAACAAUAGCCGUAAACACUGCCAGCAUAGUCAACGCCAAUGCAGCCACAGCUACUGUUGCUGUUGCUGCGACAACAACAGCAACAACAACAACAACAGCAGCAGCAGCAACAACAACAACGGUUGCCUCGCCCAAGCAGCAGCUGAUGCCAACGCCGCCCACAACACCAGCGCCAGCAGCAACAGCAGCAGCAUCAACAACAACAACUCCACCAACAACAGCAGCGACAGCAACAGUUGUUCCCAGCAAGCAGCAGCAACAGCAUCAGCCUGUGAAGCGCAGCAAGCGCAUCAGCGACUGCAUUGCCAUGCUGACGGGCAAGCUGGAGGAGAAGCUGAAGACUGAGCAACAGCCGGCGGAAAAGGAGCAGCCAAUCCUACCGGCAGCAGCAGAGCCAACAACAGCCGAACAGCAACAGCUGCAGCCGAAGACGCCCAAACGCAAGGCCAUGUCCAGGCGCAUCAUCAAGCCGCACGCGGACGAGGCAGCAGCAGCAAUAGCCGCGCCUGUAACGGCAACAGUUGCACCUGCAACAGCAAUAGUUGCGCCUGCAACAGCAAUAGUUGCGCCUGCAACAGUAACAGUUGCGCCUGUAACAGCAACAGUGGCGCCUGCAACAGCAACAGUUGCGCCUGUUACAGCAACAAUUGCCCCUGUAAAGGCAGCAACAGUUGCUGGUCCGCCGCUGCCUGUGCCCGUGCCACUUCCUCUUCCACUGCCGCUGCCCGCCAAGCCUGUUGUUUUGCCAGCGUUGCCGCGUCGUGCCACGCCCACCAAGGCAGCAACCAAGCAAAUGUUGCCCAUACAAUUGCCACAGCAGCAACAGUUGCCGCUGGCGGUGCUGCCGAUGCCAAUGUCGAUGCCUUUGCCAUUGCCACUGCCGAUGCCAUUGCCUGCCCUGCCUGUGCCCCUGCCCGUGCCCGUGCCCGUCAAGCUGCCAGCACCAACUCACACGCCAGCAACUCAUACGCCAGCAACACCCACAGCAGCAGCAGCAGCAGCAACAAUGCUGCUGCCCAAGCUGCCAUUGUAUCUGCCAGUGCCGGCCAGCUAUGUGCUAGAGCCGCUAAAUCUCAGUCAUGUCAAGCCGCCAGCACAUCAGCAGCAGCAGCAGCAGCAGCAACAACAACAACAACAGCAGCAACAGCUGCAGCAGCAGCAGCAACAGCUGCAACAGCAGCAGCAACAACGUGCCGCGGCAAUGCCAGCGCGUCGUCAAACGAUAUGUGGCUUCGAGGCGCGCAAUUUACUGCAGCUGGACGAGAUGCAGCCACUGGAUCUGUCCAAGAAAAACAAACGCAAACCAUCGCCAGCUCCUCCGGCUCCAGAGCAAUUGCCCCUGGGCCUGGGCCUGCCGCUUGUGCGCGGCACAGAUCCAACUGCUGCUGCAGCCGCGGCAGCAGCUGCUGCUGCUGCUGCGCAUUAUUAUUCCAAUCUGGAGCUACUGAAGAUACCGCAGGUGCGCCAGCCGGUACUGCCGCUGCCCAUGCCCGCUCUGGUGCCGCAGACGCCACUGACUGUGAAGGCGCCCGCCAAGAAACGCGCCGCGGAACUGGCCAGCAAAAAGGAGAAGCAGCUCAGUGUGACGCGCAUGGACGAGGUAAUCAACAAUCAUAUCGACGAUGCCAUCAACUCGGUUAUAUUGGCCGUGCAGGAGGAGGACGACGAGCAGCAGCAGCAGCAGCAGCAGCAGGAGCAUCAGCAACAAUUGUUCCAUAAGCAGCAGCAACUGUUUCAGCAGCAACAACUCCAACAGCAACAGCAGCAACAUCUCUCACUGCAUCAACAGCAGCCACAUCUCCCACAGCAACAUUUUCCGCUGGCGCCCGUGCCCGUUCCGAUACCAGCAACUGUUGCUGCCGUCACACCGGCAACAGUUGCUACUGUGCCCGCCCGUCAUCUGACGCCAAAGAAGCGCAAUAUGCGCUCCAAGACAAUCGAUUGUCGUUCCGAGCUGUUACUGGCUGCGUUGCCGCCAGCAAUAAAAGCCACGCCCACUGUCACAGAAACGCCCAUGUUGCUGGCGCAAAAUGGCAACGUCGAGCCGACGGCCAUGCCCCUAGCGACGCCCAUAGCAACGCCUGCGCCAGAAACAAUAAGCUGCCACGAGCAGCAACUGUUGCCGUUGCCACAGCAAUUGCCGCCGGCAGCAACUGCAGCAACAGCAGCAACAGUUGCUGAGACGCCCGCUGUAAAGCCAGCCCAGCCCGUGUCUGUCAUAUCUGUGGCGCCGCCAACAGCAACAAUUGUCGCAGCAGCAACAUUUGCCACAGCAGCAACAUUUGCGACAACAGCAACAUUUGCCACAGCAGCAACAUUUGUGACAACAGCAACAGUUGCAACAUCAACAAUUGCAACGACAGCAACAACGGGGACCUCGACGCGACGCAGCGCCACGCCACUGCUGGAGGAGCACAGCAGCAAUAUGAACAACAACAAUAACACAUCCUCCGGUUUUCAUAGUCUCGCUCAAUCCGAACUGGCCCAAGCGCCGCCAGCUGAACUCGAGCCGGAGCCCGAACCGGAGCCGGUGCCCCAAGCGAAGCUCGAGGCGGAGCCAACAGCUGAGCCUGAACCUGAGCCAGCGCCAAAAGCCGAACCAGUUGCCACGCCCACUGCCACGCCCAAGGAGGAUGCCAAGAAGAAGCAGCGACGUCGACGGAAAAACGAGCUGGCGGCAAUUGUUGCCGAUCAGCUGCUGGAGAGCUUCAAGAUCGACAAUGCGCGACGCGACAAUCUCAAAAAGCUGGAGAAUUUGGCGUACGAGAAGAGCGAGGAUCUGCUGCUCACGGGCAUGCUGCUCAUGUCCAGCACCAAACGCAAUGCUACGCUCCAAUCAGCAACUAUUGCCGGCGACACGAAGCGCAGCAAAGCCGUUUCCACGGACGCCGAGGCCGGGUCGGCCGGUCGUGGAAGGCCGAAGCGUCGCCAGAGCUGCUAUUAUAGACGCGGUCGCGGCAAGGCGGUGCCGCUUGGCGCCGAGACGAACAUAAGCGCAUUGAAAUCCUCGCUAGAAAACUUCUCUAUUGGCAUCGAGAAGCAGCUGCAGGCCAAGGAGGCGGCCAAGGCCAAGGCGACGCCGACGACUGCCGCCGCCAGCUGCAUAUUAAGACCGAGCAUAUUAUGCACGGCGGCCAAGGAGCAGCAGCAACGGCAGGAGAAGCAGCAAAAGUUGGAGGAGCAGCAGCAAGAGCAGGAGAAGCAGCAGGAGCAACAGUUGCCGGCGGCGGCAGCAACAGUUUCUGCUGCGCUGCCCACCUACAGUCGUGAUCCGCGGCUCAAUAAAAAUAUACACAAGGAGCCGGAGCAACAGCAGCAACAGCAGCAACAUACCCCGCAGCAACAUGCAUCGCAGCAACAACAUGCGCCGCAGCAACAUGCCCAACAGCAACAUGCACCGCAGCAACAACAUGCGCCGCAGCACGGCGACAAUCUCGAGGAGGAAGACAACUAUUUGACGGAAAUUGCCAAAAAUGUCAAUGAGAAAAUAAUGUCAUCCACGAACGAGGACUUUGAGUUUGCCAACGAUGAACUGGACCAGGACAAGGAUAAAUUCUAUCGGCCGCCGACAUCGAUGAGCGUGCGCAGCGCUCCAAAUCUGAAUGAUGAGCACUCGAAUUUUGGCACCGACGACGACGACGACGAGAAUACCAAUACGGAAAUCCUGGACAUGGACAUGGACGAUGAGCUGAGCGUCUAUACCAGCUACUCACAGGAUCUGGGACGCAACGGACGCCGGCGGCGACGCAGACGUCGCAGCGUCCUCUUGACCCGCCGGCCCAAGAAGCGCAGCACACGCAACGGCGGUCAGCUGGAUGAGGCGGACAAAUAUGCCUGCCAGCUGUGCGGCAAAAGCUUCUAUACGUCCACAUCGCUGUCCAAGCACAACAUGACGCUGGCUCACGUGUCCAAACUCUCCGAACUGGAGUAUCUGCAGGCCAAGAGCAAUGCGCCGCCAAGUCCGCCGCAGCCAAUGGAGCAGCAAUUGGAGGCGCCGCCUCAGCAGCUACGCGCCUCGGUGCUUAUGCCGCCGAUUCAGAUGCAGAUGCAAAUGCAGGCCAUGCCAGCAGCAGCUGCUCCAUUGUCGCCGCCCAGUCAUCAUGUCAUCACCGAGGAGAGCCUGCGACUCCAUGACAACCAACAGCAGCAGCAGCAGCAGCAACAGCACACGAGUCCCGCCCACAGCACCGCCCGGCUUAAUCUGAAUCCCGACGAGCGUCUCUUUUACGAAUGCUGCAACAUUCUCAAGAGCGCCGAGACGCCGCGUCUGGCCAGCGGCACGACGGCAUCUGUGAUUGUUAGCGCCGGGCGCAAGAACCUGGAGACGACGCCGACGCCGCCAACUGUUGAGCCAGCUGCUGAGUCACUGCCGCCGCCAGCAUCUCCAUCUCCAUCCCCAUCCCCAUCCCGAUCUCCAUCGCCAACAGCUCCUGCGCUAGCUCCUGCUCCCGCUCCCGCUCCCGCUCCAAUUCCGACUGUUUCCCAUCAACCUGUCAUCCAGCAGCUGUUUCGUAAUCCGCCCGCGGCCACGCCCACACCAACCCCCACCAAUCAUCAUCCGCAACAUCAUCAUCCGCAGCAGCAUCCGCCUCAUCCUCAUCAUCAACACCAGCAGCAUCCGCCUCCCCAUCAUCAACAUCCGCCUCAUCUUCAUCCGCCUCAUCAUCAUCAGCAGCAUCUGCAUCCACCCCCGCAUCGCCUUUCGCCCAGCUACUCGGCCAUGUCGCAGUUUUCCGCAAUGACCGCAACAAACAUGACCACGUCGCGCUUCAAGACAAAGGCCGCCAUGAAGGGUUACGAGACGAAUGUGACGACGCAUCUGCAGCUGGACAUGGAUCUGGCGAAGACGGCGCGCGCCGUUUGCAAGCUCACCGAAUUGGCGGACAUUGCUUUGGGCAGCGAGAAGCCGCCGGGCGUUGACUAUAUGUCCGCACAGAUCUUGCCCAGCAACACGGAGCAGCAACAGCAGCAAUUGCAGCCGCAGCAACAGCAGCAACAAUUGCCGCCGGUCGCAACAGCAGCAACUGUUGCCGAGCCGAGCUCCACAUCCUCAAAGACAAUUAUGCACGCCUCCUCCAUAAUCAAGGGCCGCAUCAUUAUACCGGAGCGUCCGUUCAAGAAUAUUGGAUUGGAGGAGAAAGCGCCAAUUACCUUCCAGAAGCCCAAGACGAGCGUCAAUCUGUUAACCGAGGACAACAAUAGCGUCUCUACGGCCAGCUAUUCGGAUCGCGAUGAUUACGAUUUUGGUACGCUCAGCUGCGAGGAUGUGGAUGCAGAGGGGGAAGGGGAUGGAGAUGCGGAUGGGGAGAGUGUAAAGUUAAGAACGCAGGAGCAGCAGCCGCCGGAACAGGAGCAACAGCAGCAGCAGCAGGAACAGGAGCAACUGAAGCCUGCGGCUGGCAUGAUUGCGUGCUCCGCGGCCAGCUGCUCGAGCAGCUCCAGCUCCUCUACGGCGUCCAGCACACAGCAGAGCAGCAGCAGGAGCAGCAGCUCGAGUCGGGCGACAGCUAAAACGUUCGAGAACAAAUCCCUGAUCAUGGGCCGGAUCUUUAAGCAUGCGAGCAGCGCCAAGGUGGGCACAACGCCGCCCAAGCUGGCCGUGAAGAGUGCGCCCAAGGAUAAGGCACAGCUGGAUCAGCUUUUCGAUGAGCUGCGUGGCGCCGCCAAGCCGCAGCAGCAGACGCUCAAUGAGCAGCCGCAGUUAGAGCCCUUGGCAGUGCCUUCGCCAGCUGCGAUGCCAGCGCCAGCUGCGCCGGUGACGACGAAAUGCGGCAAGGCGAGCGCACGCAAGGAUCUGUCCAAGCUGCAAACGGAGCUGGGCAUGAGUGCCGAGGAGCUGGAGCAGCUCAUCGAUGAGGGUCAGCGCAAAUCGAAGCGACGCUGCGCCACAAAUCGGCCCAAAAAGCUGGUGGAGACUUGGAGCUCCGAUGAGUACGAGGAGUUUCUCUCCACCAAGGACAUCAUAGCCCUCAUCGAACAGAAGGAACAGCAGGAGCAGCGACGCAAGCGCAAGACUAGCGAAGCACAAGAGACGCCGGCGGGGAACAGGCAACGUGCGGAUCGGGAAAAGUCCACGCAGACCGUGGCAAAUGCCAAAAGCCGCAAAACACGCAAACCCGAGCAACUGGCGGCGGCAGCGACGCAGCCAAAACGCGCCAGGCAGCGCAGCAGCGUCGCAGAGCCGACAACGCCGGCCAAGGCCAAGCCGAAGGCUAAGACGAAGGCGAAGGCAGCGCGUGGCAAACCAGCCGCAGCCAAAGCGCAGCAGCAGCAGAAGCCGGCAAAGACGCCAGCAGCGGCGGCGGGCAGCCGCAGGCGUGGCAAGCAGCAGGCAGCGGAGGAGUUGACGUCGACGACGACUCCGGCGCAGCAGCAGCGUACACGUAGCAGUCGGCAGCAGCAGCAGCGGCGAACGCUGGCGCAGCCAGUCGAAGCAGCAGUAGCAGCAGCAGCUGCAACAAACAACAACAACAACAACAACAGCAGCAGCAGCAACAAAAAUUUGAAAACGAAACGUAAAUCGCAAACACAUCGCCAGUCGCCGGCGCGCCGGAAGCGUCCGGCCAGCGAGAAGCAGUUGUAUUAUUGGAGCAGCUCCAGCGAUGAUGAAUUCGGUCGCAUCCAUGUGGAGGCAGCAGCAGCAGCAGCGGCGGCAGAGGCAGCGGCAGCGGCAGCACAAGCAGCAGCAGCAGCAGCAAAAGCAGCCGACGCACAAGCCAACAACGCACAAGCCGACGAAGGCGUGCCGCCACCGCAGCCGCAGUUGAUGGCGCCGCCGCCGAAGCAUUUCGAUGAUAGCGAGCAGUAUCAGAAGCACGGCUGGAUCGUUGGUGACUCGCACAAGAAGCUGGUCAAGCUGCUGGCCAUUGCCAAGGGCAGCAAGAAGGUGGACAAUUGCGGCGUCAAGCGGCGCACGCCCAAACGCAAAUGCUAGAAGCGAUGCACAGUUGGGAACAGCUGCCAACUGCCAACUGCAAGCAAAAAAUGUAUUUCAUAUAUAUAUUUUUUCCUUUCUUUAAACACACACACACACACAUCUAAGCGUUACAUUAUUUAGGUUAUUCUAUGUUUUUUUUUAUUAAAUGUAUUUAUAAUUAAUAAACAAAAAUUGCGCGAGCAACAAAUAAAGAUUUGAGCACAA